UCAAAGUUAUGGAUACUCAGUGCCUCAUGUUUUGUCUGCAUCAUGGUUCGUCGGCCAACCAAUCGACCCGAGCAUUAAUGAAUGGAACUUCUGAACAAUUAUGAGUAGUAAGUGUCACUGGACCAUUUGAUCUGUUCACUCUUGCUUCAGAUGGUCCAAUCAGGUGCUCUCUAAAAUCAGAAACACUUUGACGAUAUCGAAUCAUAGUAGAUAUUGGGGCAUUCAUUCUGACAUUGUUCUAUCAUUUGUUCUAUCACUUACUAUCAUCCAUCAUCCUACGAGAUCAGAAAAUCUUACUUCACUUGACCGCAAAAAUGCUUCACAAUUUUAAUUUACCAACUUACAAGACUCAUUUUGGCCCUCUUUUAGUACUCAUCUUAUUUUUUACCUGUAAGUUAGACAUUUGUGUCCAGGCAGCUUCAAAGGUAAAAGGCGAGCCAGACUUGAAAAGACUGCCUCUCGAUGUGUUGCCGACAUUUUACGACCUACAUCUCAUUAUCGACUUGAAGACCGAUUCCGACGGAGGAGUUAUUUUAAGAACGAAUGGGUCAGUGAACAUCUCAGUUAUUGUCAGAAAAGAGACCGACCACUUUUACUUGAGUGUUGGUAAGGGACUGAAGAUACACACUGUACAUAUAGAGCUAGACGACCAACAAAUCACCUCUGGAAAACAAGAUGAGAAAGUGGGCGUGAAACAGUUCAAGGUGCGUGAAAAAGAGUUACGGGCAAUGAUUGAGAUGGACCGAGUUCUGAGAAAGGGUGAACGAAUUAUAGUUCGCAUUCAGUUCACACCCAGCACUGCGCGACAGAAAAUGCGCCAAGGACUCUACUACACUCUAGGACUAAAUCCUGAUACCCGAAUAUCAGCGAACACACAUCAUGAGCCGAUCUAUGCAAAGUACGUGUUCCCCUGCUUUGACGAGCCGCUGUUCAAAGCCAUCUUCAAAAUAGCAAUCACCCACCGCCCUGACUUCGAGGCCUACUCCAAUAUGCCCCUUAUGUCACGCACUCCAAUUCAAAUGACACAACUUUCGACACAACACACCCCAACAGACCUCCAAGCAUCAGAAUCAGAACGAGGGGGCAUCGAUACAAGAGAUGAGCAAACGAUAGUGAGAGCAAGGGACGGGGGAUGGAAUGGCACCACGUGGUAUAAUUCUACAAACGAGGAGGGGGAGCAGGGGGAAGAGGGGGAGGAGGGGGAGGAGGUGGAGUGGGUGCGGAGUGAGUUUGGGGCCAGUCCCAAAAUGUCCACCUACUUGGUCGCUUUUACUCUCUUCAACAACAUGACAAAGUUACAGUCCAAUUACACUAGUAUAGAUGGGAGAGUGGUGAACCUAACUUAUCACGUGGAACAUUGGAUGGCGGAGAAUGCAACGCUGGUCCUGGAAAUAAGCGUGAGGAUCUUUGAGUUGCUGGAGAAAUGGUUUCGGAUCCCUUACCCUCUGCCCAAGUGUGACUUCUUCGUCACCUCAAUCCCCGCCUUCGCCAUGGAGAACUGGGGCCUCAUCUCCAUGUCCAACAAACUGUUCGGCUCCCAUAUGUUUGACAAGAUCCACAUCUCCUUGAUAAUCGCACACGAAAUUGCCCACCAGUGGUUUGGGAAUCUGGUGACGCCUACGUGGUGGACUGACUUGUGGUUGAAGGAGGGGUUCGCCUCCUACCUCUCCAUCCUCCUCACCCAACACAUGAACCAAGAGGAGAGGCUGAGCAUUAUGCAUCUGACAGAGAUACUGGGCACUGCGAAGAGAGACACUUUGGACAGAGACUCACUAUCCACAUCCAAAUCUGUCUCCAGGACAAUCAGAACUGAAUCGGACAUAGUGGCAAACUUCGACAAAAUGUUUUCAUACGGGAAGUCAUGUUUCCUAAUUGGGAUGAUCCACAAAACUAUGGUCCAAGUUCAGAACACUCAAACUGAAAACAACAGCAACAAGAUUGGCAGUGAUAGAAGUAAUUUGGCGAGUAUGCCACACCUAAUGGCGGAUUUCGAAACCGACCCCUCCUAUAACUACUCAGAAGACCUGUUCAUUAGGGGGGCAAGAGAAUACCUGCUCAAGUUCAAGUACUCCACCGCCUCCAACUAUGACCUAUGGGCCACACUCUCUCAAAUGGGCACCAUCUUCACUUGUGGUAACGAGGUUGGAGGAGGAGGAGGAGGCGGAGGGGUUGGACCAACCGAGCAUGAGAGGGUAGCAGGAAGUAUUGCUGGGAAUGGACAGGGGGUGUUACCGGUGGAGAGAGUGAUGCAGACUUGGACUGAGGAGUGGGGCUACCCCCUCAUCACUGUUGAGGUGGAUUAUCACUGCACGUGUAUUACGGUGGGACAGAGUCGCUUUGUAACUGACGGAGGGGGUGACCGCACCUCCUUGAACCCGAAGAGGUCAGUGGGAGUGGUUUGGAGUGUGCAGCUGCUGUUCCGCACCAGUCGAGGACACAGAGUCUCCAAAAUGAUACACAGUCACACCCAGGCGUCGUUCAAGUCAUACUACGAGCGCAUCUUGUCCCACUACCCGGAUGAGAGCAAGAGACAGAUUGUCAUGCCCAAUCGGGACCUGCCGUCUCUGCUCCACGAACACCUCAGAUGUGAGCUGAACAGUUCGUCUUACGUGGAGGAAACGAAGAAGAGGUUCGACUCCUAUGUCGCCCGCGGAUUCCCCAACGACGACAGUUUCGUCCACAUACUGACCAUGUGCUACGCUCCCAAGUACUACGGCAUGAACGACUCUGUGUUCGACAAGUUCAUUCACACCCACAACAGUCCCGAACACUUUUAUAAGAUACCAGCGGGAUACUUCACAAACAACAUCACCCAGUUCCGCCUCCUCUUCAACCUCACCACCCAACAGCCCCCCUUCAAUCAAAUGCUCCUCCUGUGGCACCCCACAAGACUCACCGACUGCGGAUACUACGCGGGCGCAGACUUCAUCUACAACUACACUCGGUCCAAUUGGGACACUCUGUGGAAUAAGAUGCCACAGGACGCUGUCAGGGCCUUCUUAGUAGAAAUACACUUCAAGUCACUACCCUACACACAGGAGAAGCUGGAAGACAUGAAGCGGUUCGAGGCCGAGAGAUUUGAGGAGUUGGGAGCUGUGCAGAAUAAGUUCUUGGAUGUGAAGAGCAGACUGCAGAGGUAUGUGAACUGGGCCAACAAGGGAUACCUGCAGAUGAUGAACAAGUGGACUGCGAGGAAACCAGAGAACCAAAUAUGACGACGAAUAUAGGCGCUACUCUGAUACGAUCACGACACUACUACAAGAUCCGAAUAGAAAAUAACGGCUAUUCUCGCGCCAAUAUUUUUCGUGCCAAUCGAAACCUUUGAAACGGAAAAAACAAACUGAUACUUAGUGGCUCCUUUCUUAAAACUUUCAAUAUCCGACUUUUUUUGAUUGGCUUGUAUUUUUUGUCAUUUCAGCCAGGGGCGGAUAUAGGAAUUUCUGGAGCGGAGGGAUUUUUGAAGGUCGACCAAAUUGAUUUUCCGAGCUAUCUCAAAUCACUAAAAAGACUCUGUUUGGGUCA